AUUUACGUUGAACUCUUCAAGUCUUCAACAACAAAUAAUUGAUCAAAAGAUUUGACCUUAAGUAUAAAAUGCAUUCUUUCUUUGAAAAUACAUAAAGCACUUUGGAAUCUUCUUUAUGGGGUUGCGCUUCAAAUUCAAUCAGAACAUUACGCCACAAGCAAUAUGAAGGUUCCAAGCUCUUUUGUUGACAAUUAUCCUCAUUCAGACCUCAUCUAAUUUGUGCAUAAAUUGAUGCAUUUGUGAAAUUUUAACUUGAAGCAUACAUCUCUUUAAAACAUUAGUGAGAGAAAGAGUGGGUCCAAGCUAGAGACGUCAUUUUGUGGUAGCACCUUAAACUAAGAAAGAUGAGAUCAGUCAUAAGACUAUAUUCUACAACCCACAAACUCAUCUCCACUUUCUUCACCGUCUGGCUCCCUCGAGGUUUGAAGAUCAUAUUCCUAACCUUAAUUGUCGUCUCCACCGUUGGCGAGCGUGUAAUAACCACAACUGAUUACAAAUACAAGACUAUGAUAAAAAAGAGGACUUCUAGGUUUGUUUAUAAGAGCCAAAACAUUACAACCAAAGACUACUUUGUUUCCAGCAGUAGAGGAACGACACCGUUAGAGUGUGCGAUCUGCAUAACAGAAUUCAUCGACGGUGAAGUGGGGACAAAGCUGGAGAGUUGCGGGCAUAAGUUCCAUGCAAUCUGUGUGGGGAAAUGGUUGCAGUGGCAUCAUAAGAAGUGGCACGUUGGUUGCCCUCUGUGCAGGAUUCCGGUGGUCAAAGAAAGCGAUGUUGUCAUCAUGAACGAACACAGACAACAAUUCCAGAGGAAAGCCCGACGGAUAAUCAGUGAGGAGUUGGAGGAAGAGUUGGGCCUUCUCUUGCUUUCCGGCCUUUGUUAUUCCAAUUUUUGUGCAUCGUCGCCUUUGCGUUCAUGAAAUUUGAAUCAAUACAGUUGAUUGGUUUUCUUUUGAUAUUCUUUAGUUGACAUAAAUUGAGAAAAUUGAAUCAUGUAAUUUGCAUAAAAAUUUUAGUUAUAUAUGUUAUUUUCCUAAAUAACCUGUUGAUAGAGUAUAUAGUCUUGGACCCCCGGGUCUCACGAUUAUUGGGCUUGGACAGCGGCCCGCACACGCUUCACCGAUAUCAUUUAUAUUAUUGUACAGUUCAUAUAUCAUUUGUAUCUACUAUAUUAGACUUUUAUGUAGUUGGGCCUAUUGGACCCG